CCCCACAGAAUAACUCCCGCACAUGAACACCUUUUCUUCUGGCUACCGCCGUUACACUUCUACCCUCGGAAUCUUGCUCUGGCAUCUUGCUCUGGAAUUGGCUGCACUGCUCUUCUCUCUGCCGCCCUUGCUUCCUUGUGUGUUUGAGGGUGCCUGUUGGGUAGGCUGAGGGCGUUGGCUGUGAGAAAGUUGGCUGUGAGCACCGAUCUUCGCGCAUCUUCAUCCAUAGCGCAUCGCGCAUCAUCAUCCAUAGCGCAUUGAGCUAUUGCCCAUCUUCCUUACAUACUACCCAAUUGCGCUUCAUACUACAUUGCGCUUCAUACUACCCGAUCGCGCUUCAUAGAGCACGCCAUCUCAUUAUUCUCAAAAUCGAGCGCAUCGUUUCGCACCUAUUCGCCACUUGCACGUUUCGCACUCAUUCGCCACUUGCACGUUCGCACCUCAUUCACCACUUGCACAUCUCACUCUGCAUCUCGUCGAGCACCAUGGCUCCUCGUACAGACAAAAAGAGGAUACCAACCCUAGCACGGCAGCCCCAGACCGCACCAGAGACAAAUGAACCAGUCAGCAAGGUCAAGACGCUGAGAGCUCUAGGAGCCGAGCUCCAGCAGCAAAUCGCCGAGUUUCAAAUCAAGGCACCAGAGACGAAUGAACCACAGCAGUUCGCCGAGUUUCAAAUCAAAGACGAGGUUGACGACAACGAGGAAGUCAAGAACGACGACCAGCGCGAUGUUGACGAUACGUACGAUCUUGUCGACCUCGUCAAGGCGAAGCAGGAGAAUAAUCAAGAGUUCAUUAGUCGAUUGAAGAAAAGACUCAAUAGCAUAAACGACGCGGUUAACGACCUCUUUGGACAAGUCGGAGAUAUCAACCACGUACCGGGCAAGGCCGCCCAGUUGGGGGACGACAUCACGAGCCUCAGAGGGCAACUCAGAGUGGCCAUGGACGAGAUCGAGAGCCGCAAAGCGCAACUCAGAGCGGCGAAAGACUUUGUCACAGAGAAGAAAAAACUCGAUGAUAUCGAGCAUGAAAAGCAGGCACAUCUGGAGAAGGAGCAGGAGCAGGAGGAGCUUGAGGGGCAGGAGCAGCAGGAGCAGCUGGAGCAGCUGGAAGCAUCAAAUAGUGACGGUUACGCUGGAAACAGUGACGGUUACGCAGCUGGCAAAUUCCUCCCGAGUCUAGAAAAUAGCGAGGUUACGCUGGAAACAGUGCCGGUUACGCAGCUAGCAAAUUCCUCUGAAUCCAGAGCUUUGCGGAUCAAGACUGACAACUCGACUAGAAAUAGUGACGGUCACGCAGCUGGACACAGGCCAGCCACGCACCUGCUAAAUUCCUCUGAAUCCAGAGCUUUGCGCAUCAAGACUGACAAUUCGAGCAACGCGUUGCUGCUGAUCAGGGCCGGAAAUAUACAGUACCAUCUGAAGCCUUCUUCGGCUAGCACAAUACCAUCUCAAGCCUUCUUCUUCACUGGCAAUCACCAACACAUCAUCACGCGUCGGCACAUCCAAGCCUUCUUCGGCUGCCACAGUACCAUUUCAAGCCUUCUUAGGCUAGCACAGUACCAUCUCAAGCCUUCCUUGGCUUCUAACCUUACCAACCAAAAUAUCAUCUCGUGUCAGCACACCACUACACCCGCCAAAAUGGACGCCGACGUCACUUCCUUCAUGUACGCCCACAUUCACCCGGUCCUGCGUCUCAACAGAGACCUGGCGCCGUUCGGCGUAUUUGUCGCCGUCACAGACAUGCAGGGCGUAGAGAGAAUGGGUGCUAUUUACCAUGAGCAGCUGGAGGCGGCCGGCCACCGCAUGUCGGUGCUGGCCCUGCCUGACGUGGACGGCCCGGCCCGCGUGGCCCUCUUUUGCCGGUGCCUGCCAGAUCUGAUCCUGGCCCUAGACGUCCUGGUCCUCCACGCCGACGGCGUGGAUAUCAUCUUUGCCGACGUUGAGUCGGCCCUAUUUGCCCUGCGCCGCCGCCGCCCUGCCUUUGUGGUCGCUUACUGGGCCCCCACCUCCGUUGCGUCUAUGUUCUUUGCCUGA